AUGGGCGGAUUGUUGCCGGCAAAGUGGGCCGCGAACCUGGAGCCGGAGUUUGCGCGGAGUAUAUUCGUGGGGUCACCGCCCGAGCUCAGGGCGCAGAGGGCGGGCGCCGAUGCCGCGGGGGCCGCCGAGGCUGGCCCCCCCAGCGCGAUGUGCGGGUCUCCUGUGCUGUGCCUGAAGAUCAGUACCGAUCUUGCUGGUACGGUAGCGGGCCUCCGCGAUACGGGGUGCCAGUACGGUGCUGGGACCGCGCGGUACCGGUACGGUACCGCAGCCUCUGGCUCAAGAUUUGCCACGAGGGGCAUCCGCUCUGAUCGGCAACGGCUUGGUGCCUGGCCGGCACCUCCCGCCGGCGGUCCUCGGCGGUCCUCGGCGGCCAUGGCCCGCGUCCGCGCCCUGCUCGCACUCGCUCUGCCCUCGGCGCUCGGCAGCGGCAGCGGGACGCCGACGUUCUACUCCGGGUACCUGGUGGAUUUCUACUGCUUCAGCCUCUGCAACAUCGGCGGUGUCUCGGUGGACGGUAGCAACGUCAUCACUGGGCCCGAAGAGCACACGCUGCACUGCCUGAGGGACGUGCCGCAGUGCCGCGACGGUUACUUCCUUGCAGAGCUGACGGCGGGCGGGGAGUACCGCAUCAAGUUCACGCUGGACGAGCACUCCCAGGAAAACGCGCUGGGUUUUGUCGACUCGUUCCCCAGAGGCGGCAUCCAGGACCACGAGCCGUUGACGGUCACGGCCCAGGGGUACCACAGCCAGGAGGACGGCGUCCUCAGAGGUGCGGUGUUCACCGCCUGCUCCAACAUCACCGAAUGCGACGGCUAUUGCGCUGGAAGUUGCGACACUCCAGCGGAGCAGGACUUCUCACUCAAGCCGCGUUUGCUGCUCGUCGGUCACGUUGUCUGCAUGUGCCUCUCAUGGGGCUGUCUAUUGCCGCUGGGGGUCAUCUGGGCCCAUUAUUUGAGGCAGAACCAGUGGAAGCCGGGGGGCGUGCCCCUGUGGUUCCAGGGCCACCGUUGGCUGAUGUCUGUAGGCGUGCUCCUCCAGCUCCUUGGCUUCGUCUUCAUCAUCCUCUGGAAGAAGGCGGCCCACUUCAGGCUGCCGCACGAGAUCAUAGGCCUGGUGGUCGUCGUCCUCGGCUGCCUGCAGCCCCUCAACGCCCAGAUGCGCCACCUGAAGGCCGUGGGGCACCCUGAUCACCCGGGGCCCUGGCGGCGGGCUUGGGAGCUGUGGCACAAGGGCAGCGGCUACGCCGCCGUGGCCCUGGGCCUCGCCAACGUCGUCCUCGGCCCGAUCCACGCCGCCCGCAUGCGCUUCGGCUCCGGCCUCCCGGCCGCGUCGGGAGCCUUUGUCGGCGUGUCCCUCGGCGCCCAGCUGCUCGGCGUGGCCGUGCUGCAGGCCGAUGUCUCCGAGGCGGAGACGGUGCCGAUGGACGCCGAGACGCUGCCGCUGCGGGGAGGACCCGGGCACUGGCGCGUGAGAGGGAGGAGGCCUCCGGCGCGGGGCCGCUCUGGAGGCGGGCGGUGUGCAACACACGGCCUGAGCGCAACCCCCCCACGCGGCAGCACCCGCCGUGCCCGGGGCGAUUUGAAUAGGUAG